GCGACGCUCUGUUCUCAAUUCAGUGAUAAUGACCGUGAAACCGGUUCCCCUCUCGUCCGCUUCUGAGCUUGGUUCUCUACUCGUACAACCAAUCAACGUCAGCAAAACUCAAAAUCCGCCCUUUCCCCGCGUCACCUCGCAAGCCGGCAACAAUGUGUGAAAUUAAUUUAAUCGAUUAAUUCCAUUAAUUGAGUGAAAUAAAUUUGAUAACGAAGAUAGAUAUUUCCUGACCAACCACUUCUCCUAAGGAGUCAUGGUCUUGGGCGCAAGCUAUUAACCAGGAGCCCAGGGAAACCACUUUUUUGUUGACACUUUUAUCGAUUUGUGCCGUGUCUGUGUUAGUGUUUGCGUGUCGGAUAAUACUCGAAAUGAAUAAUUUUGGAAUAAUUUUGGUGACUUGUUUUGUGGCUUUGAACAUUGAGAGCAACCAUUGUCAGGACUACCAAGGCUCGUACUUUGUAUCCGAUGAGUUUAUACGGCAAUUAAAUGAUGAACAGACUGAUUGGAAGGCCGGGAGAAAUUUCGGACCGUGGGUGACAUCGGCUGCAAUCGAUAGUUUGUUCGGCGGAAAUAACCAUCUCUCGAGGAGCAUGGGGCUUUUUAACUUGAUCUUCGAUAUCCCGAGUCAAAUUUACACCGAGUUGAAGCAGUCGUUUUUGACUUCAAUGCCCGAUGAGUUCGAUGGCCGCAAGGAGUGGGCCGUUGUGUGCAGAGCUCGCGUGUCAGAGGUUGUCGACACCGGUCUUUGCUCUGCCAGCUGG